UCUCCCUGCUUGCACACGUUAUUUUGCUUUGUGACGCACCACACAUGAAGAUCCCCGCCCUCCUCCUCUUGCCCUUUGUCCUCCUUAGCAGCGACGCCUUCGGAAGAGUUGCCGAAGGAGAGUCGGACCGAAGGGCCACCCGCGAAGAGGCCGGAGAAACGGCAUCUUCUGAGUAUGCAGGGGAAGUCUUGACCCCAUGGGAGCCGAGCUCACGGCCACUGGAGCGGAGAAAGAGACAACUCUGGAUACAAAGCCGGAAUCAAGAGUACAACCUGCGGGGCGCUAGGGUCCCCAUAUUUCCUGGAGCUCCUCCUCUAGCUUCAGUUCCAGCUCCUCCGUCGGCGCCACCUUCACCCCGACCCUUACACCUCACCCGCCUCGUACCGGUGUUCAUGUCAUCAGACUUCGUAGGCGCUACGGGCGGCGUCAACGGACCGUAUGCGCCCCCGAUCACGGAGCCACCCACAGGAAUCCCCAUAGGAGUUCCAGAAAUCGCCGAUCCGACCGCAGGAACGCCCGUAGCACUACCUCCAGGAGUCACCGGCCUGGAUCCGUCCAUGAUUAUGGAUAUAGAAGCUGCACCACGGCCCGCGAUCCUUACGAGCCUGCCCUGUCCUGGGACCUGCGAAGUUCGGAGUGAGACUGGAGACUGCGAUCUAGAUGCUGUGUGCCUGUUCCGUUUGGGUCUCUGAAUUACCCCGGGUGUAUGCUAAGCACGACACGAGUUAAUGCCGUAAGAAAGUGUAAUCCUCGGUCCCAGUACUUGUGCCGAGGAUGCAAAACGCACUGCCACGUACACAAAAUAUAUUACUAUUUGUGAAAUUAUCAUUUAGCUCUCGCAGUUUCCACAUUGCACACAAAUACUGAUAAGCAAGACGUUUGCUAACGCAUACAUAUGAAUAGGAAUGAUUAGAGACACACAUAAACACACACACACACACACACACACACACACACACACACACAC